GAGCGACAUGGCCAGGCUCGAGUGGCUGCAACGUCAAAUUGAAGGAAUAAAAGAAGAGCAUGUCAUAGAAAACAGAGAGCACAGCGCCGCUGUCCGUCUGCAGAGCUGGUUCAGGGGGUGCCAGGUGCGAGCUCGUCUCAGACUUCUGCACAGAAAGGCAACAAUUAUACAGAAAGUAUGGCGUGGUUUUAGAGCGAGAAACCAGUUCAGGCAAAUGGUGAAGAAAGCGUAUUUUGUUAUGAAGAUGAACUUCUACAAUGAGAUGGCCAUCAGGAUACAAAGAAGGUGGAGAGGCUAUUAUGUACGGAAGUACAUACAUAAUUACUACGCACUGAAGAGGUAUCUGGAAGGAUUAACAAUAAAGAAUGAACAAGUGAGGAAGGACCUGGAGGAGUUUGCAGAGUUGCAGAGGAGGGAGAUGGAGCGCUUGGCACGGGAGCGAGAAGGGCAGCGGAAAUGUCUCCAAGCCCAGAGGCUACACUUCCUCCUGAGCACUGAGCAGUGUCCAGGUGUGUUCAACUCUCCAUACAGAGAUUUUCCUCACGAAAUGGAGCUGAGACUGAGGAGCAUUAAACCACUGCUUGCCAAAAAUGCUCCCCUUAGGAGGGACUCGGGUGGGUCACCUGCAUGUUCACUGCCGCCAGUUCCCAGCAAGAAACCUCAGGGACCCUUCAGAGACCCUGCCGAGGUGCUACAGCAGCGCUACCGGCCUCUUGAGCCGACGUUACGCGUGGCGACAUCCAUCACUGCCCUGGAGGAGGCCAGAGAGGAGCUGCGUCGCGAGGAGUGGAGGAGCCGUGUCAUCGACGACAUAUUUCAGCCUUUCUCCAAUGCACACAAGAAUAGGAAGUAUGAGCGAACACUUCACGGUACUUCUUCAUAUGAACAGGUGGAUUAUGGCACUAAGUACUUCAGAGAAGAAAACAAGGAAAAACGACAAGGAGAAAAGUUGCUCUUUUUCUCUCUAGGUCUCUCGCAGAACCAUCCAGGUGCCAGGGUUCACAGCCCCAUACACGUGGUGCAGCUCCUAGGUCAAAGGGAACAAUCCACAGUGCUCACCUGUGUUACAAGGUCUAGGGGCAGCUGACCAUGAGACCAGCCAUGGGACCGACCCCAGUUCACCCCGAAGGCAGGCAGCAGCGACGGGAUGAACAUCCGAGUGCUUCCCCAACCUUUCGCUGAAGGUGAAGGGGGCUUGUUGAAGACAUCUCCGCAAACAGAUGGACCACUAGAAACCAUCUGCUAGCGAAGCAAAUAAAUGCUCAAUGAUGCAUUGCGAAAUGAUUUAGCUUUCAAGGAUCCUCGGAAAGUAGUUAGUAAUGAUGGCAUCUGCGCGGAGAGCAAACACUCUCUUUUAGAUAUGAUCUAUGGCUGCUAUAAACUCGGGCCUUUCUUAAAGAGGCAGCAGUCCCGUUUGUGAGCCCUAAUUGUCCCGCUGGCUGAGAAGAAAUUGGUAUUUAAAUGCUCAGGGAAUGCUCCCCUCUUUGUUCCCACCUUCAAAGUUAUCUGCACUUCCCACACAACAGUGUCUUCAUUACACAGUGUGAAGAGGGACAAUGCAUCUCACAUUUGCCGUAUGGCUUUUGCUCAUCUGUCUCUGUUGAUCACUAUCGGUUGAGGACUCAAAGAAGAUAAUAAUUGUAUCUGAAUAUUUUAUUUUGUUUCUCAUUUCAUUGCAUUAUUUAUUGGAAUUACAUUCCAUCAUGAAGAUGUUUUUCAUAAUAUAUUCAUAUU